AUGAGUGUCAAUCCAAACUUUCCACUUGACUAUAUUGAUCUCAAUGAUUACGAACACGACGCCACUGCAGAGACCAAGGCCACUAAGGCUCUCACUUUCCUUGGAGCCUCGGCGUUGAGCGUGCUCAGCUAUGAGGACCGCUCAAAGAUUGCUGACAUGCUUCAAAACAGCAAUAAGUUUGAGCUCAUCCGACGGCAUGAUGUUGUGUCUUACAUCUGGCCUCUUGCCAAUGGUGUCAAGAGCCUCGCGGAAGAAACAAAUAGUGAUUCUCAGCAAGCCCCUCUUUUGGCAUGGUCGAAUCGUCUUCAGCUCGUCUUCUUGGCCUUCCCUGGAACUCAGGUGGCAAAGGAUGUCUUGUCAGAUGUAGAUGUUCGACAAGUUGCCGACACCGAAAGGGCGUCACGAUUCCAUCAGGGUUUUUAUCAACGAGCGAAUGAAUAUGUUCCACUAGUGACACACUUGGUUACAAGAUUCCGAGUUGUCCUGUGCGGCCAUAGUUUGGGUGGUGCCAUGGCUACCAUCGCAGCCUAUCAAGCUCUGGACCAGGCAACCCGCCAAAGUAUUGACAACACAUGGGGGGAUAGUGCUGUAGGUCUCUCUACAAUCACUUUCGGGGCACCAAGUCCCAUGGUUGUCGAGAGCCCCACAACUACGGCACGUCCACGAAGCAGGUUUCGCAGGAAUUUUCACCACAUCAUCAAUCCGGAUGAUCCUGUCCCAUUUCUGGCCAGUCUUUCGGUGCAGGCCAUUCAAAGCAUGAUGAACAAGCUCCGUGAGGUUUUCGAGGCCCUCUUGCCAUCUUUCAAGGCACACAGUGACGCUCUGGCCCUCAUUUUCCGCCUUUGGAGCAUAGGGGACGAUAAGUUUGCACACUUCGGCCGUCUCUAUCUCCUGGGUAUUGAAGGUGGAAGUGAGCAGAGGUAUAACCCUAUCCGCGGCGGAAUUUGCACUAUCAAAGACGAAAUGGCAGUGGUAUCUGUCACACUAGAUGCUCCCCUCGCCGGAUACUUCAUUCCUCGGAUCAGCUUUGAGACUCAAAUUGCCGAGAGGGAUGUCACUGGCUUUUUCUGUGAGAGAAGGAUCAGAGAUGAUGCGACUCUGAAGGUGACCAUUUACAUCAUGCAGCGCGGGGAGGGGAGAGAACUUCUAGAAGCUGCGGACAAUCUCCAGGAGGCCUUGUUCAUUCAUGACUCCUUUGGAUAUCGUACACGACUCGUGGUCGAACACCUGGAGCAUGCGUCGUUGAAGGACCUUAAGAUGUUAACAACGUAUGAGUCUAUACGGCAGGCAGAACCCAUUACCCUUCCAGCAAAGACACGACGCAUUGCUCGGAUAAUAGACGACCUUGUGCGGAACGCAAACCCCUGCCUCGUUCAGAAAAAUCGCGCGGAGUCACUGGCCAACGUUGAAGUAAUAUGGGGGUCUCGGCGGAAUGAGGGACGUGGGAUGCCUGGGGGUUAUGAUAACCCUCGAGACUGUGAGGAGGAGCUCGAAGAAUUGCUUUCCCUGAUGUUCACUUCCUUCGAUGAGACUGGAGAAAACGGGAAACGUCUCCGACACGAUCCAGAGGCCGACAACCCAUCCCUUCGAACGGUCCACCCCGAACUGAGGUCGCUUGAGCAGGCCCUGAAGCGCUUUAGCCACAACCUGUACCAUCGCCCGCCCAAUGAAGCUGAGCGGGUUCAAUUGGCUAUUGAGCAAACAAAAAAGCUUCUUGCUGCGGUGGAGUUCUGCCACUUUGUCAUUCUUACACAACUGACCGCCCAGAAAGAUUGGUUCUUCAAGGUCAAACAGUUGAAUGUCAUGGGAGCAAUAGCAUCCGGUACAAGUCUGGUGACAGUCUAUACAGUGCUAGCCAGACUCACAUUGUUGAGUGGGUGGGCCGGUGCUUCCGUCGGGCUCGGCGUCACUGCAGUCGCUCAGGGGAUUCUUUACACAUGGGAAUGGUGGAAGGUCGAACGACAAGCGUUUCAGUCUAAAUAUGAUCGCAUACUCAAACUUACCACUGAUGCGCUUGGCAUACCCUACUCCCCGUUUACUUGCAGCCUAGAAUUUGCCAUUCAGGACAAGCUGUCCAGGGUGAAGCGCUGGACCGAUGAGAUUAGAACAGGACUCGGCGACCUUACACGGGGUAUCCUCUCAGUUGGUUCGCCAGAACCGACGACUUUCUGGGCAAGAUGGAUGUUUCGGGUUGAGAAGAUUGCCCAACUCCGGCGAUACAUCAUUGAGAAGACCAACAUUGGCGUCAUGGGCCCAACUGAAGCCGGGAAAAGUGAGUUGCUCACUACUCUGACUGGUACGCCACAACACUUUUUCGGUUCCGGGUUUGGUUCUAGGUCGCGGACCCUGGAAAUCCAGUCAUACGCCCCACAGGGCAAAACAGGCGUCUUUCAUGACUGCCCAGGCUUCGAUGAUCAGAUUGAUGAAGUGAGGCAAAUGGCACGUCUCUUUCAAGAUAUCUUUGAUAUCCUCAUCAUCGUCCUGAAGUGCGAUUCUGAAAGGUCUCUCUCAACGGAAAGAUCUAUAAAAGAGAUCGCCGACCUCCUCAAGCGACGCCGAGAUCCUCGACCAUUCCGGAUCUUGCUCAGCAAGGUUGACCUUGUUGAUUUCAACGACGAGGAACCCGAGAGGUUCACAGAAGCCAUUGUUGACUUCAAAAGAUCGAUGGUGGAGAGAAUCAGGGUGGAGUUGGAAGAGAACUAUGUGAUCAGGUCUCGCCGUGUGAUUGCUGAUGCAUCUACAUAUCGCGAUAUAGUGACAAUCGACAAUGGCGCACUGUAUAUCUAUAACGCUGUUCUGACAAUUAAGGACAGUGCUACAGUACGCCAGCGUCUCUUACAAGCGAAUCGUACACGAAACUACCGAAAUCGCCAGAAAGCAAGAAAGGAUACUGCCACGGCAAGCCAGCAGGUCGAGCUACUAUCUGACGCAAUUGAACCAGUGGCAGAGAAUGGGCUAUUAGAACUAGAGAAUAGUUCAUUUCCCGAAACUAAGGAGUCUAGAGAAAACGACGUCUCUGCCUAUGAUAUCUUUACUAUCUCUAGCCAGGAAGUUAAUAAUCCCACUAUUACUACUAUCGAGCCGGAUCUCUAUUACGAGGAGGAAAUUAAAGAUAACCCCAAAGCCCACGCAUCUAUACCGAGGAAAUAUACUACGCAGAAAUUUAUCUAUUAA